CCCUCUUUCGGGAGUACAACUUCGACACGUUCCGAGCACACAUGAGAAAGUCCAUGUCACGCCAUGGCGCUAUUUUACAACGACCACCGAUUUUCAAUGGAUCAACUCAUAUCCCACCUUGUGACUACGACGAAUUAACUGAAAUCGCACGAACAAGUACCUUGGACGAGGAAACUCACUGUCAGUUUUCGAACUAUCCGUGCAUGACGGUUCAGUAUCGUCGCUACCCCUCACGGGAGGUUUACGUCCGUGUUCUCCUCGCGGAGCCUCGCAACACCGAUCACAUUGAAGUCGAUGUUGGCGACGACAAACGCUCAUUUGAGAUGUCGUUUUCGUGGCCGACAGAUUUGUGGGAUGUCGACGCGGCGUACGGUGACGUCAAGGCGGCUCACGAAGCAACGUAUGAUUUGUUGCCGAUGAUCAAUGCUACGCGCCUUGCUGUCGAAACACUACGCGCAACCGAUCGACAACCGCCACGAACGAAGUUGAGCAUACCCUUGCCGUGUGAAGUUUAUCCUGAAACGCUUUGUGUGUCCAAGACAUUCACUCAAUCCGCCAUGAUUUUGGAGGCGAAAGUUGCUAACCACGAGAUGCCCAAGAAGAAAACGAUCUGGAGCCUUUAGGUUUUGAAUAGAAUUGAUUUUUGCAUCCUUA